UUAAAAUGGUGGGUGCACAGGAACUGGAGGUACAAGCAUCUUCCAUACAACAACAGCCACUGGUGCAACCUACAGAAGCAAGCAGCCAUCAAUAUGAGUGUCUCGAGUGUGGAAAAGUCUUUAAAUGGUCUUCAAGAUUAAUACAUCACCAAAGAACCCAUACUGGGGAACGACCUUACAAAUGCUCAGAGUGUCCAAAAGCUUUUAAAGGCUCCUCAGCCCUCCUUUAUCACCAGAGAAGCCAUACUGGGGAAAGGCCCUACAAGUGUGGGGACUGUGGUAAAGCUUUUAAGCGCGCCUCUCUGCUGCAGAUCCACCAGAGUGUGCACACAGGAUUUCGCUCAUUUAAAUGCAAUGUGUGCGGAAUGGCAUUUAAGUGGUCCUCCCAUUAUCAGUAUCACAUGAGACAACAUACAGGAGAGCGGCCUUAUAAAUGCAACACCUGUGACAAAGCGUUUAAGAAUUCCUCAAGCUUGAGACGCCACAGAAACAUUCACACAGGAGAGCGACCUUACGUGUGUACAGAAUGUGGCAAAGCAUUUACACAGUCAACCAACUUAAAACAACAUGAGCGGAUUCACACAGGGGAACGGCCUUACAAGUGCACUGAAUGUGGCAAAUCCUUCACCCAUUCCUCUAACUUGCUGCUUCACCAGCGUACACACAACGACGGGCCCACGCACAAAUGUGACUUGUGCGGCAAGGUGUUUAUUUCAGAUGAUUUCCUGCAGAAGCACCUGCAAUCUCAUGCAAUUGAACAGACGUUUGUUCAAACAGAUGCUGAAGUUUUCCUUACAACAUCUAGCGAAAUUGAAACGGUGGAGAUGCUUUAUAAGUGUGGCACAUGCGAAUUAACCUUUAGGAGCGAGGAGAUGCUUCUUGAACACCAGCAGAGCCAUGCUGAUGAUCAGAGCUAUUCUUGUACAUUAUGCGACAAGACUUUUAAAAAUGCCUCAGGGUUGUCUCGCCAUCAAUAUACACACUCUAACGAGAGGCCUUAUAAAUGCUCAAUCUGUGAAAAGACAUUUGUGCAGCUCUCUAACCUUUUGAUGCACCAGCGAACACACACAGAAGAACAACAGCUUAUUCAGACAGAAGCAGAGGUGACCUGCCCACAGACCAUUGAGAUCAUUCCUCCCUUUACCACUGCCACUCCUGCUGAGACUGUUGAACGGCCAUACAAAUGUACAGAAUGUAAUAAAGCCUUCAAAGGAUCCUCAGGCUUGCGCUACCACAUGAGAGACCAUACUGGAGAGCGCCCUUACAAGUGUUCAGAAUGUGGAAAAGCUUUUAAGCGCUCUUCCCUUUUGUCUAUACACCAACGGGUUCACACAGGUGUCAGAGCAUUCAAGUGUGCUGAGUGUGGCCUUACAUUUAAAUGGUCCUCACAUUAUCAGUACCAUUUACGGCUUCAUACAGGGGAAAGGCCUUACAUUUGUACAGAAUGUGGAAAGUCCUUCAAAAAUACUUCUUGCCUACGUCGCCACAGGCAGCUUCACACAGGGGAACGGCCAUUUGCCUGUGUUAUGUGUGGCAAGACCUUCACUCAGACUUCUAAUCUACGUCAGCAUGAAAGGACCCACACAGGAGAAAAGCCUUAUAAAUGUGAAAAAUGUGACAAAACAUUCACACACUCUUCAAAUUUGCAGUUACAUCAACGCACACACUCCAGCGACCGACCUUACAGGUGCACAAUUUGUGGCAAAGGUUUUGUCAUGUCUUCUUAUCUUCAGAGACAUCUGCGCACCCAUUCUGUAAACAGUGGCGGAAAUGGCGACUCGGCCGCACUAACUACACUAGCUACCCAAAACGGGCAAGCUGUGCCUGCUACUCAUAAAGUUCAAUAUUUGCCCGACAUGCCAACCAUGCUAAAUGUUGAAGUCUGCAACCAACCAAGUACCUUAAAUUCACAGACUUUUUUCCUGGUACAAGUGCCACAACAAAACACUCAUAAGUUUAUACUUGUGCCUUCUUCGCAAGUAUUGCAGCCUCAGCAGAAGUUUCCUGUCGCACCCAGUACUUCCAAUUUAGUUACAGUACAAAGCAAUGCACGUCAAAAAUCUCCACAGAGUAAGGCUUUGCGAAAGAAGCCCAAGCAAAAAACUUUGAAUACUGUUGGUAAUUUUACUAGUCCUAACAAAAACAUUCUUAUUAUGCCCAACACAAGCCAAACGGUUCCUAACAUGCAGCCUCUUCAAAUACAGACUAUUCAAAGCUUUCCCCGAGCUCAGACACUUCCUGUGGGUCAAAAUAUUAUUUUCUUACAGAAUGUGACCGAUCAGAGUCAUCUGCAGUUCCCAACAAUGCAAAUUAAUGCUAUUCCAUCCGCACCGAAGACUGCAAAUAUACAAAUCCAACAAUUACCCAGUACACAAGACAUAACUAUUCAGAGUUUGUCUGGUGCUCAGGAAGUGUCAAACAUUCGACUGAAACCAGAAGACAUGCCCGGUAUGCAAACUGUAUCAAACUCUCAAAAUAUUGCUAAUGUCCAUAUCCAUCAAGAACUAUCAAAUGUGCACCUUCAGACAAGUCCAAACGCAUCUCAUCUUUCAGAUAUUCACAUACAAGCACUUCCAGAGCCGCAGAAUGUCUCUAGUUUGCAGGAAAGUCAAAACUUGAUUGUUGUGCAGAAUUCUCCAGGAGAGGAACUCUUAAGCUCUACGGAGACCGUAGAAAACUUGCAAUCAAUGGAGGAAGUUCAGGAUGUCCACUUUGAAACCCUUCAGACAGAAGAAGGUUUGCAGAAUGUCCUUGUCUUGCAAAAUGCUGAUGGAGAGCAGACACGAUUGUGUGUGCAAGGAGUGGAAAAUAUUCAGGGCCUACAAGAUGUUUCUAAUGUCCAAAUUCAAACCAUGUCUAAUAUACAAGAACCUGCCAACAUUGCUCCAGAAUGUCAAAAGGUCUUUAUUAUCCAGAGUUCUCAAGGAGAACAGACUCUGCAAGUAGUAGAUAACUUCCAAAAUGAUCAGAAUCUGCACUUGGUUGAAAAUAUCCAAGGUUUGCAGACUGGCCAGAAUCACCUUCAAUUGUUACCUAGCAUUCAGAGCCACAACACUGUCCAGCUUCCACAAAAUGUGCAGCUGAGGGCCAUACCAACUAGUCAUGGCCUACAAACUGUUCAAAAGAUUCAGGGUCUCCAGAAUAUACAAACCGCUGGAAACCAGAACAUUCAGACAAUCCAGCUAGUCCAAAAGAAUUCUGUUCAGGGAUUACAGCAUGUAUUGCCAUUUAUUCGGAUUGUCCAGGCUGCACCAAAAGUACAGCUUGUCCAUACAUUUUAAUGUAGCUUUUCAGAAUGACAGCAGUAUCUGUUCUACAAGUUACUUGCUUU